AUGAGGUUAGAGUUGCUUAUGGUGUUGGCUUUAAGCCUAGUUUUAUGCGAUGGCCGAAUAGUGGAAUAUCGAAGACCCAGUCGUGAUCGUGAAAUGUGGGAAGAAUCUUACGAGGAGCUUAUUUCUACGGAAUAUUCAAGCCCGGAGGAUAUUUAUGAGGAGCGGAAUACACAACGUGAAAGGACACUGAGAGCAUCGGUUUAUCAACCUAGCUACGGAUUCACUAAAAGUUACAAGCGAAAGUUCAAUGGUGAUGGUGAUUUGAAAAAGCAGAAGAAAUCCAAAUAUGUUCCUAAUAAGAGCCGUGGUAAAUACUUGACUUAUGGCAAGUCGGCAGAACGGAGUUUCACUAGACCGACGCCAAAUUUUGAAGCCGAAUUCGGUGAUCGAAGAAAGGAGCAUCGAUCUGCACCUCGGUAUGAACAGCCCCCGUAUUUCCACCGUCCAUCAGCAUCUAUUCCGCUAAAUCCAACAUACCGGCCUGUUUUGCCGAAACCAGCCUGUCAGCAAAAACUUUUGAUCGGAUGUGCUCCAACGGUUUCCAGAGUGCCUUGCGGAUUUGGUCAAGCGGCGUACUCUCAACAAGACUACGUUCUGGGAUCACCGAAUCCAUCUUUCCAAGCUGAACCCUUCAACCAGGGGCCAUUAGAAAGCCAGUCCUACUUCCAACCACCAGUACAGAGCCCUCCAUCGCUGUACGAUUCUAAUCAAGGUAUUGCUCCAGCACCAUAUGAUCAACCUCCAAAAGCGUUCUAUCAACCUCCGCCACCGUCCGGAUACAACGAUUACCAAGCUCAGUACAAGCCAACCUCAACUCCUACCCGCCCAUCCAAGGUACAUCACACACAAAUCAACUCCUUCAUCCAUAUUAAACCCACAAACCCUCAACAUUCGCCCCCAGCAGCGUAUCAACCCAUCCUUCGACAAAGCAACCAGCCCCAAUUCCCCCAAUUCUCUCCACCGGUCAGCGAGGACGGUCAAGAACCUUCUGCCCAACAACCCCCUGUAAUAUCUGCCUUCCCAACUCCUGCUGCUCCUCAACCCAUUAGUACAACUCCAAAAGUUCCCACUUCAUCACCCAAUCAACCGCCACCAGACAAAAUCCCAGCUGCCAACAAUCCCGAUCAAAAUCUACAACCACUCGUUGUUCCGAGUGCCACAAAUCCACCGCCAGUGGUAGAUCUCUUCGAUGAUACUCCCCCCAAAGAAUCAUCCGGCGAUUAUCCCGAUCAACCAGCCAUCCCCAGCAGCACCCCGGAACCAGCAGUGGCAGUAACAUCGGACCAAAACGAUCGUCAACAAUCACCGCCAGCGGACAAUGAAUCCCAACCGCAACCGACAACCCCAGCGUAG